CCACUUUUCUAGCUAGUUCCUCAACAAAGGAGCCAAGCUGUUCCAAGCUGUGGCAAACAUCCUUUCCAUUAACUUAAUACAGCCCCUCUUCAAAGAACCAAACUGUUUUUUGAUUCUGAAAAUAAGAUUUUUAUUUAUUUUUUUCUUUUUUGCUUUUGUUUCAUCCACGUGUGUCACACCUGUGUGUCAACUUUUUCUAAACAGAUCGGGUUCCACUUCCAACAGAACCAUAUUUGUAGUAGAUUUUCCUCUGUAUAAUAAAUUAAGUAGAUAAUUCAUCAUGUUUAAUGGUUAAUGGAUCAUUCUGCACUAGUUACUCAUUCAUAGAUGAAACUGGAUCUCUUUCAGAGUCGAUUCUCCAUGGAGAGGCACUAAGACGGUGUUGGCCUACAUUACUUUAUGUAUCUCCAGCAUGCUAUAUUUCUGUACCUUCUUUUUCCCUCCUUCAGUGACUCAGCACCCAUAAGCCCCUUUGCUUGUAGAGCUAAAAGUCUUUUUCAUUCAUUCCUCUGUCUCUCAGUGAUGCUGUCCUGCUGCAGUUUGCUAUCAAUGUGUAACCAAGGUAAGGGAGGAAGGUCACAUGACUUACAGGAUUUUAUAGAGUGUCAUUGUUCGCAGCAUUUUUUUUUUCAUUCCAUAAAAGAGGGAAAAAUUACCAGGCUUAUCACGCACAGCCAGAUAAUGAUACAUCAUUACAGGAAGUUGAAAAUUUAAAUUACACCUUUAUUGAAAUGUGAUAUAAAGUAUUAACUUGUUCAUAACACCGGAGUGGAUCAGUUUCAAUGAAAGAAAAAAAAAGAGGAAAGACACGAUUCGCUCUGAUAAAGUGGCAGCCUGGUCGGUUUAAUGACAUUUUAAGAACUUCAUUUGAAUAUCCCAUUGAGUCUAAUGAGGGAUACAUCCUCUCCCCCUGGAGCUAAAGUCCUGUCUCUGUGGGAACCAGCUGAUAGCAGGUAGACUUUGCCCUAGAGGGGAAGAGACUCAACAGGAAGCACGGUGGGGCAGAAUCCUGGCCGUCACAGCCGAGGUAAGACACAACAUAAUGGAUUCAAGGUGUAAUUAAUUGAUUUAUGUGAAAAGACUGAGGUCAGACAGCAAUCAAUCACUUUGUCGAAGACCUAUAGCACAGGAGGAGAACUUUUAAAAGACUUCAUUUAUCAUACAAUGAAAUUCAUGUUCAAGGCCAUGUGUCGGUGUGAGCAAACAGAAACUAAAUCUUCCUGAAGUCGUACAAAUACUCAGAUUUAUGCUGCUCUCUUCAUCACUUGUUUGAGUUUCAGGAAGUAAGUUGGAGAAGCUGAAGCAGUAAAAAAUGGAGGUUAAGUUGGGGAAAUGCUGUCUCUGCUUUGAAUUCAAAAGUCAUGAAUAAUCACUGGCAUGAUAGGAGUGUAUGUUGUUAUCAGUUCACUGCUCUGAUCAAACUAUGUGGACUUGGUCAGACUCCUCACAUGGCUCCGCUCUGUAUAAAAUUAAUCCAGGCAAUUUUACUGUCUGCCUGUCUGUCCUUCGGUGACAACUAAAAUUUCCUAAGAGAUCAAUUAACCACAACCUAUUUGGCUAUUAAAUAUACAUACAGCUCUAUUAAAUGGAGGCUUGGGGCCAUAAUUAUGGAUGUUAGUCAUGGAUGGCUCACAGUGUUUGUGUGAUGCAUCACUUUGUAAUUACCCCUUUAUUUGUUCCACUCAGACAUUGCCCCAUUUGGCAAUUUAACACCACUGACGAACGGGCUGACACUGUUCAGGGAGAUGCUUUUGUUCCUUAGUCAUGACUGUAACUUACCUGUAACUCAGGCUUUUCUUCUCUCUCAGUUGGGUGACCGUGUUGGUGAAAGUGUCAAACUUUUUAAGGAAUGGACCAGGAAAAAGGAAUGAGCAGUGAUGGUGGGUUUGGAGCUCGUCCCCCUCCGUACAACACUCAAGACUACGGACAAAAUACUUACACAGGGAUGGGCUAUCAGGUUAGUAAGAUACACACAUGUAGCUAAGUAACAAUGUCAAAAUGUGGCCGGGUUUACACCAUCAGAGAUCUCCCAAAGUUUAUCGCUCCUGUUGUAAAUAUUAUCUAGAUUAUGCAGUACUGUUUUAUAUAAGUGCAAUGAGACAUGGCCAUGUGGUCAAACUCUACGUUAAUUAUCCUAAUAUCUCAACAUGCUCGGUGAUAAUGCUUUUAUCUGCUGUGAGGAUUUGCUGGUUUUCAACUUUUUGGAGUUCAAAGUUCUUCUGCAUUUUAUUCAGGAUUUAAUUUUACAACCGUCUAAAUAAUAAACAGUAGAUUUAUGGUGUUAUAUAGUCCUAAAUAACACUGCUGCAGCCGAUAAUCAUAUGUUCAUCACUGGCCUUUCCUUGAACAAACUUAAAUGAGAUUGCACAUGCAAGGUUGAUUUUCUUUCAUCACUUCAAAGAAAACAGUCAACAUGUGAUAAGGACCAUGUUUAGAUAGAGAUAUUUCCACAAGUGUUUCUCCUUGAGGUGUUGUGUUUGUUGAUUUUGCUGAUUCAGGUGGGACAGGGGAAUAUUGCAGUGGUCUCCCCUCCCCCCACCUACAACCUUCAAGCCACAGACGGAGGCGCCCAAGACUACGACCCAUCACCUGAAUACACUGGUGGCUGUGAAGACAGCGUCUUCUCUGACAGAUCCAUCCGAAGAGGUGCGGGUUAGAAGGGGAGCGACAUGGGAGUCAGAAAAAACAGAGACAGAGAUGGAAGUUUGUCUGUAUUUUUAUUUGCGCUGUCAGAGCUGAAAAGGUUGAGGAAAAUUUACUCCCUCAUUUGCUUGGCAGUGUUUUCCUGAAAUUGAUUUGAAAUUGAAAAUUGUUUGCCUGAUCUCUGCGGCGGUACCCUGCCUCAGCUCCUAACCUCCUACGCAAUGCAAAAUCAUUUUAAACGAGGAGAUGAGACGUGGGUUUGGAGAAAACAAAAGCAUUUUGAAAUGUUAUGGAGGAUAAACAACCUUUGUUGCCUUUCUCCCUCAAUCUCGCAAAGUUUUUCACCUCUUGUUGUUGUCUGUCUCCCUCUCUGCCUGUCUUGUCUCUUUUAUCCUUCCAGGUUUCAUCAGAAAAGUUUACUUGACCUUGAUGGUUCAGCUGCUGGUAACUGUUGGGAUCAUCUGUGUUUUCCUUUACUGGUGAGGCGCCCUGUCUCAGGGGAAUUCCCUCCAAAAAUAGAGACGGGGCCAUGUCAGGCACCUAUCAGUCCCCCAAAAUUUAGAGCAGUCUGUCAGGGUGUAAAAGUACCCAACAUCACACAGGACAGGAGCACAAGCACCUGUCCUCGCAAAACCUUUGAGCGAGCAAGCCUCUUUUAGCAAAGUUACCCCGAAUAUGUGAGCUGAAACGAAAUGGUAGAUAAUAAAAAUGCAUUUCUCCCACAUAAUAUCCCAGCUUACAGUCAUUUGAAAGCUCUGUAUGUUUGUAUAAUGGAUGUAGCAGAACUCUGCUGCAGUCAUUUCUCUUCAUAAAUUACAUUCAGCUCCCCCAUGCACAAUCCUCUGUCCUCUGUUAAUAUUUAAUCAAAUCAUUCUACCACCUCUUUUAAAUAAACACCGCCUCUAUUAAACCCUCCCCUUUGUAAUUUUUUGCUAUCCAUUUUCAGGGAGAGUCUCAGGGAAUGGACGUCCGAGACCCCCUGGUUUACCUACAGCAUGAUGUAAGCCCUCAAAAACACUCACUUUAACAAUCCAGGCUCCUCACAGUCUCCUGUUUUCACCACUUUCUUUACAUCCGAACUCUGCUUCCUCUUUGUGAGUCACAUUAAUAAAAAUGUUGCUCAUGGAAAUCUAUAUAAGUAAAUCACACACUGUCGCCCCAUCGGAGGUGCUGCCAGCUACAGUGGGCAUAAAUAAUGUACUCUGUGAUUUCACAUACCCAACACAGUCGUUUUCCCCCUCUGUUUAUAGCCUGUUUAUUCACUAUUUACGAUACACUCUAUAUUCUCUGUGAAACAGGCCGGCGUCAUUUGUGCUCAUCCUGGUCUUGGCCUGCUGCGACAACCUCCGCCGCAAAGUCCCCCUCAAUUUCAUCACCCUGGGCCUGUUUGUGAGUCGACGAAGUUCCAGCCAGGCAUCAAAUUAAAGCCCCAGCUCACCUGCUCUAUUUCACACCUGUUUUUUCGUCUCAUAUUUACUUUCCAUUUGUCCCUCCACCUCUCUCUCUCUUUCUCUCUCUCUUUCUCUGUCUCAGACUAUUGUAGAAGGUCUCAUGCUUGGAUCCCUUGCAGUGUGAGUGUUUGUUUCCAAAGAUGAAUCCCCACCUGAUGCUGAUUCAUUUACGCAAUAAUAGCCCAGUUUGAUCCAGAUCUGAUAGCGGGCUGAAUUCCAGAAAUGAAGCCAUCAAACCUGAUAAGAUGUUAUCACAGUUGGUUUAACAAAUCAGAGAGCAUGCGGAAUUCAGAUUUUUUUGACUGAAGAUGAAUUAGUGGCAUCGCAAGUGCUGAAAAGACCACAUUUGGUGUCCUUGUAAACACAUUACCUUCUUCAAAUGUGAGAAAAGGCUUCAAUCAGAACCUGACUAUCAAUAAAACAUUGAAAUUUUUAUAUUCAUAGGGCUGAGGCUGUACUGUAAUUGAUUGAAAUGAAUAUAGGAAAUACAUUAUGCACAGCAUGUCUAGGGAGAAGGGGUCCUGCUAUCCCUCUAGUUCAAACAUGCGAUAAAACAGACUGGUACAUUAAAAAAAAUCAAAAAGUUUUCUUUUACAGUAGAAAAAAACCCCGGCUGGUUUGCACUCUGACUGCUAAAUAUUUAGAUGUGAUAUUUUCCAAUUGCAUAUCUAUUUUUGGUAUUUCUAUCUGCAGGUUUUUUGAAGCUGAAGCUGUCAUGUGGGCAGUAGGGGCCACGGCACUGGUGUCCUUCUCCUUGAGUCUAUUUGCCAUGCAGUCAAAGGUAAGAUCUGUCAUCCACACGUACAAAUACACCUCUAGAGCAGCUCAAAGUGGAAUUUCAUAAACUGCGGUCAGAGGUAAAUGUCCUUGCAGAGAGUCCUGAGCUGUGUUUUCUGUGCACUCAGAGGGAAAAGUGUUAAUCUGAGCUGCUGGCCAGGUUUUCUCAUGCAGUGUUUGCUGAAUGCAGCCACCAGCAAGGGUUUAAAACUCUGAUGAGUCUGCUGCACAGGCGCAAGCUAUGAUUACUGCUGAGAUCAGAGUAUUUGUCAAUCAAGUUAAUUCCUUCUGUCCAGGGAAGGGACAAAGUUAAACCUCUGGCCCGUCCUCGUGUUUGGGGAGACUUCCUACCAUAGAUUUUCAGUCUGGAAAUGGUCUAAAGCUUUUUGGUUAUAAGCGAAAUCCAUGAGUCAUGUCUCAUUUCUCAAAAAAAAGUCUAAUAAAGAAACACACGAGCGAAUUUUUAAAAGGGUCCUCUCAGGUGCUCACUAUAAGUCAUGAUGCUCCUACAGUGAUUUGUUUUUAACUUUAGAAAGGUGACUUGUGCUUUUUCUUGCCGUGAUGAGCUCAUACUCAGGAAAAUGUGAAACUAUUGUUGUUUCUGAGCCUGAUCUCUCAUCAAGAAUCUAAUCAAUAAUACAAAUAAUUAAAAAGCUUUUCCAUAAAGGUAAAACCUGAAGUUGCUUCAAAGCUUUCUAAUUUCCAUAUUUUGUACUUGAUUCAUUUCAUUUAGUCCAUAAAUUAUUGUUACUUGUCCCCCCUUUCCCUCUUUUGAAGAAUAGCUUCUUUUUCUGUGUGACAUUUAAAAGUUGAGACUUUGAUUACAUUUUCUGAUGUUUUAUUAACUACAAUCAAUGUGCACCAGUGAGGAGACCUUUCGUGAAUGUCUUCAUCGAUGGUUUUAUAGUAUGCUGCUUCUUUAAAUGGCUCGUAAUCAGAAAAAAAGUAAUCACACAGUCAGUGGGGCAAAACAUUGAAACCGGUAAAGUAGACGUCGGCCAAAUACAGAUCGUGUUUAGAGUUUCUCCUAAUUGCUAUAAAAUGCUGUUUGGCAUUUCAUACAUGUCUUCACUUACUACAUCUAAAAGAGCUGCGAUCAUUUAUUCCUACUGCCCGGAUUAAAGAGGCGUAUGAAUGCACACAGGAGAUGUAGGUCUUAAAUGCACAUUUUGAGUCAGUGAGAAAAAGACAUACACAGUACAUCAGGUUUAACCAGCCUGCAUGGAGGAAGUGACUGUGAUGUAGCUGCAUCCUUUAAGCCCCUGGCUCAUUUUUAUGGGCUGAGUGAGGGGUCACCAUGGCAAACACUUUUGCUUUAUGUUUUUUUUAUGACUUCCUAUUGACUUUGCAGAUUCUAGCACCUCUCGUUCAGUGUGCUGAGCUAUUUUAUCUCUGUCACUGGGAUAUAAAUGUCAUACAGCCUGUCUUGCAUGUUUCGCUGUCUGCUCCUCAGGUAAUCAGUGUUAGAGAUUCUCCUGCAGCACCGGCCAUCUUUUUUACUGUCUCUGUGAAAAGGGCAUUCUGGCCAAAAAAAAGGCCACCUCUUCUCGCCUUCUCUGUGCCAGCUUGUUGAUUAAUUAUCCAGCAUCAUUAUAUCCGGAAUCGUUGGGAUUUUCUUGUGUGUUGAACUGCAAUAUGUCUUCAUCAUUUGGUAAUCUGCAGCGCCUCACAGCACAGCUGCAAUGCAGGCGACCUUGAGCACCCCAGCUUUUAUGGCAAUGACGGGCGUAAAUGAGAGAUGUUCUGCAGUUUUCUGCUUUAGAGGCUUGUCACAUUCUGUCUCCCUCUCUCUCUCCUCUCCCUCCCCUCUUUUUUUUCUCCGUCACCAGUGGGACUUCACCGCAAAGAGUGGGUGCCUGUGGGUGUUUGCCUGGACCCUUGUUUCGUUUGGAUUGCUUUGCGCAAUCCACCGAUCGCAGGUAGAUCAAGACAACACUGUUUACACCUCUGUUUGCAAUGAGGACAGGUUGGAAAUGAAUUGCAGGCAGUACAUACAGACUUACAGCUUUCAUCCUUGUGAUGCCCUGGCACCGACCCGUGUGCUCAGUAGACUGCAAAGAGGACAGCAGAAAUGCACUGAUCUCAGACUGAUGCAUUCAAAUGUACACAUCUGUCGUGGACUGCUGUUUGUGUUCAAGCCUUUAAGUAGAGAACAGACAGAGAUGAGAACUGCAUUGAUGGAAUUGCUGUUUUUACACAACAAACAAACUAGAACAGAAUGAAAAGCCUACUUUCUUAAAGAGUAAUCUAUCUAUCUAUCUAUCUAUCUAUCUAUCUAUCUAUCAUCAUCUGUUUAUAGCAUAUUUCCUUUGGGGAAUAACUUCAAUAGAAAAAGGGUUGGACACAUGUUCAGUUCCACUUUACUGAUGAGCCUGAGUUGUUUUUUUAUCCGCAAAGAAACCACAUAAUUUCAAUUCAAGUCAGUUUAAUGGUUUUAAAGCUGUAAACUUCCUGUAUUUGUUGAAAAAGUAACCACGAUCUGAUGACUGUAUUGCUGCUUAUAAUGUGUCUCUGCCUUCUUCAACAGUAUCUUUACAUCGUGUACGCCUGCCUGGGAACCUUGCUGUUUUCUCUAGUAAGUUCACACAGAUUUUAACAACAGAAAAGUUCUCUCUUCCACAGUUGGAAUAAUAAGAGAACUUUAAAAACAUUGUGAGCUAUCAUUUUAAAAAUUUAAUGUCACCUGAAUGUAUGCCAUGUUAGGGUGGAGGAGCCUUUCUUCAGUGUCUGUCAGAGUAGUUAGUGCACAGAGAGAGCCUUUAAAGUCCUCAUGCCCUUUAAUUUCAAUUAUGCACUGCUUAACAGCAGUAAGCCUCAUUUUCACAGCCACCUCUCUGCUUGCCUUUGGCGUUAACAGCAAAUGUUGUGACCCGUCCCGUCAGCUGGUGGAACAAACUGCAAACGCACACAGGGCUGAUCAGGCUGUCAGCAGCAAGUCACAACUUAUUUUCAGCUGCACGACUCUCGAGUACACGAUUAUUUACACGGCCUGUUUAUCUGCACAGUCGCCCCUUCUCUCGCAGAUAAGAAAUACUGCCCGUGUUUUCUUUCAGAUCGCUUCUUGUAACCGGCUUCCUGUCUCUUUCAUCACACCAACCCGCAGCCUUCAGACGUCAGUGCUGAAGCAUCUCAUCUCUUUCUGUCUCUUUGCAGUACUUGGUGUUUGAUACCCAGCUUAUCCUGGGGGGGAAGAACAGGAAGUAUCAAAUCUCUCCAGAGGAGUAUGUGUACGCUGCUCUAACCCUCUAUUUGGACAUUGUCAACCUGUUCCUUCUUCUGCUGCAGCUCAUCAGUCUGUGCCGCUAACACACAACCUGCAUAGCAUCCACCUCACACCAACUCUAUAGCUGCUGUUGUUUUGGAAGAAAUGGGCCAGCAGAGCAAGCUGUGAGCAAUGCUAGUCACACUUCAGGGUUCAUGAUAUGCUUAAUUUGAAGAUUUUACACCGCAUUAGCAUUUAUUUCCACCCAAUUUACUAUGUACAGUUUUCAUGAAAAGGCAACUGCAGUACGGAACGAGAAAGUCAAGAACAAGUAAUCUGAGAAGCAUCUAUCUGUUAAGAAAAAUAACAUCUAUAUUGUGUAUUUCAUGUAAGAUUAUUUAAACUGAAUUCACUCCAUUAAAAGACUGAAUCUGUCGGCUUUAGCACUGCCAUGAAAGAA